AUGUUUCCAAAAAACAUCUGCCUUGGGAUAGGAUUUCUUAUUGUGAUCAUAGUAGGAACUGUAGCAAACCUCUUUCUCUUCACCUUUUAUACGUUAACCAUCCAUGGUGGCCAUAAGAGAAAUUCAAUAACCCACAUUUUUGCCCAGCUGAGCUUGGUGAACUGCAUUAUGCUUCUUAGCAAGGGAAUCCCACAAAUAUUGCAAGAGCUAACUUCAAACUAUUCCCUGGAUGUCGUUUGGUGCAAAAUUGUAUUUUACCUUCGCAAAGUGAGCCAGGGGCUUUCCAUUUCCUUCACUUGUCUCCUAUGUAUAUUCCAAGCUAUAACCAUCAGUCCCCCCAAGUGGGCAGAGUUCAAAGUUAAAGCCACACAACAGACUACCUCCUCCUGUUUCUUCUCUUGGAUCCUGAAUCUACUGAUUGAAAUUCCUGUACCAGUAAGUGCAAAAGGCCCAAGAAGCAGCAGCAACAUUACAAUUGCAUUUGAUAAUGGGUUUUGUACUUCAGAACAUAUCAUGGAUAUUUAUUUAAUAAUAACCACAUUCAGAAAUGUGCUUUGUUUGGGAAUCAUGGUCUUGGCCAGCGUCUAUAUGGUUCUUCUCCUAUACAGACACCACCGGUAUGUCCAGAAUUUUCAGACCACCAAACUCUCACCCAGAAGGCACCCUGAGAUCAGAGCUACUCAAACCAUCCUUUCACUAAUGAGUCUAUUUGUCAGCUUUUAUGCACUUGAAUCUAUUUUUACUCUUUUUCUCAGUUAUUCAAAUCAAAAGUCUCCAUGGGUGUUGUCUAUCGCUAUCUUCCUGUCAUUAUGUUACCCUACCAUCAGUCCCUUUUUUUUGAGCCCCAGAGCCCCCAGACCUACCUAUACUGUCUGGCAAAAACAUCCCCAUUCUCAAACAUCUAAACUGUGA